AUGAAUCCGUCAAUGCUUAACGAAGAAAACAUGAUGACUUCAGACAUUUUUUGCAAUUCGCGGAUAAUUGCAGGCUACCCGCCUUUAUCUGUUGCAAUUCGGGAAGGUCAUGAAGAAAUGGUUGAGCUGCUGUUGAAAGGUGGUGCUGAUCCGAAUGUUGAUAACUACAGAGAUAUAUCACCACUAGUUCAUGCUGCCGAAAAAGGGAAUUUAAAUAUUAUAAAGUUAUUACUUGGAUACGGUGCGAACAUCAACCUGGUACCAGUCAAUGGAUGCGUAACUAAAAGUGCUCUACAUUGUGCCGUCGUUCGCGAGAACUUGGAUGUGGUGAAAUUAUUAUUGGACAACAUCAUGAUAGACGUCGAUACAGUUAUCAGCAACAAGAUGACAGCUCUCCAUUCCGGAGCUUUGUUUGUCGAUGACAAUUUAAAUAUUGUACAGCAUCUGCUUGAUGCUGGUGCUGACGUAAACGCAAUAAAUGGAUCUGGUCAUUCAGCACUAGACAUAUCCCGGCUAAAAUGUUCAUCGGAGAUUGAAUCAAUGAUACUUAGUCACAUUGUUAAACUCACUGCGUAUGGACCAACAUAG